CAUACUCGCCCCACUCCUCCACCUCGGACACCUUCCAUUCCAUCUGCACACGCAACCCCUGGUCUGGUCGGAUGAGUUACCACCCGGUGGACUCGAUAGGGAGUCCGUUCAGGAGAAGUAUGGAUAGUAGGACCACCUAUGGCCGCUCCACUGGCACCCCCUCCAGCGGGUUCCGUUCUCAGUCCUGGUCCCGGGCAAGCCCAGGCUCCACGAUGACCUCCUCCUACAAGAGGAGCGUCAAUAUGCCGGUAGCCAGAGCGUACAGCUCCACACUCCUCAGCUCCGCCGACAGCGUUGAUUUCAAUCAAACGAACGGAGACUACAAGCGCUCCAACGAGAAAGAGCAGCUCCAGGGGCUCAACGACCGCUUCGCCGGUUACAUCGACAAGGUGCACUACCUGGAGCAGCAGAACAGCCAGAUCGAAGAGGAGAUCCAGACGCUGCGGCAGAAGCAGGUGUCACAAUCCCAGCUAGGCGAUUUAUACGACCAGGAACUCCAGGAGCUGCGCUCCAUGCUGGAGCAGAUUCACCACGAUAAAGCGCAGAUCCAGCUCGACACAGACCACAUCGAGGAGGACAUCCAGAGAAUUAGGGACCGUUUCGAUGAGGAAGCCCGCAUCAGGGAUGAGACGGAAGGCAUCAUCCGGGCGUUGAAAAAAGAUAUGACCGACUCUGAUUUGGUGAAGUCAGAGUUUGAGAAGAAAGUUCAGUCACUGCAUGACGAGAUUUCCUUUAUCCGCAACAACCACGAAGAAGAGGUGAGCGACCUGUUCGCCCAGGUGCAGGCGUCGCAGGUGACCAUGGAGAGGAAAGACAGCCAGAAGACGGACAUCACCGAGGCGCUCCGGGAGAUCCGCACCCAGCUCGAGGGCCACUCCAACCAGAACCUGCAGCAGGUGGAGGACUGGUUCAUGUGCCGCUAUUCCAAGCUCACUGAUGCUGCGGCACAAAACAAAGAUGCAAUCAAGUUCGCCCGUGAUGAGAUAGCAGACUACCGUCGCCAGCUUCAGUCCAAGACCGUGGAGUUAGAGUCCGUCCGUGGAACCAGGGAGUCACUGGAGAGGCAGUUGAAUGACAUCGAGGACCGACACAACAACGACCUGUCCAGCCUUCAGGAGACCAUCCACCAGCUGGAUAAUGAGCUCAAGGGCACAAAGUGGGAGAUGGCGCGUCAUCUGCGUGAGUACCAGGACCUGCUCAAUGUCAAGAUGGCCCUCGACAUUGAGAUUGCUGCAUACAGGAAACUCCUAGAAGGUGAAGAGACCCACUUUAGCACUUUCCCCUACCGCCACACCGUCACCUCCUCUAAGAAGUCCAAGUAUGAGCCUUCCAAACUGAAAGUCCAGCAUAAGUUUGUAGAGGAGAUCACCGAGGAGACCAGAGUAGAGGAUGAGAAGGAUGAGAUGGACCAGGCCCUGGCUGAGAUGGCCCAGGAGUUUUCUGCCAAUCUGGAGGCAGAGGCAACAGAUGAAGGAGAGGAUGAGGGAGAAGAGGGAGGAGAAGAAGCAGAGGGAGAAGAGGGAGAGGGUGAAUCAGAAGAGGUUGUAGCUUCCACUUAUGCCCAAGUUAGCUCCAGCACACCUGCUGAGGACGAAGAGGAGGACAAAGAAGGUGAUGAUGAAGAGGAAGAGGGAGAAAAAGAAGAAGAGGGUGAGAAAGAAGAAGGGGAUGGGGGUGAGAACAGAGAUGAUACAGAAGGUGGUGAUGAGGGAGAAGGAGAGGGGGAAUUAGAGGAGACAGUCCUGUGCUCUAAAGCCCCAGAAUCAAAGUCCUCUCCUGACAAAGAGAAGGCUGGAGAGAAGGAAGGAAGCGGAGGAGAAGAGGAGACAGGAGAGGGAGAGGGAGAAGAGGAGGGUGAUGAUCAAGAUGAAGAUGCAGGAAGUGACAAAGGAUCCAAAGAUGGAGAUGAUAAGGAUGUGGAAGAUGAGAAGAAAGGAAAGGAUGAGAAAGAAGACAAAACAGAUGAGAAUGCAGCUGUAGCCAAGACAGAGGCUCCCAAAACAGAAGCCCCCAAGAGUGAGGCCCCAAAAGUUGAGGUCCAGAAAUCUGAGUCCCCAAAGCCCUCCAAGCCAGACUCCCUAAAAGCUGAAUCCCCAAAGGCUGGGUCCCCCAAGUCUGAGACCCCAAAAGCUGGAACCCCCAACCAUGAAUCUCCCAAAGCUGUAACCCCAAAAUCUGAAUCUCCAAAACCUGGCUCCCCCAAAUCUGAAUCCCCUAAAUCUGCUGGAUCCCCCAAAUCUGAAUCCCCAAAACUUGCUGGAUCCCCCAAAUCUGAAUCCCCAAAACCUUCUGGAUCCCCCAAAUCUGAAUCCCCUAAAUCUGCUGGCUCCCCCAAAUCUGAAUCCCCAAAACUUGCUGGAUCCCCCAAAUCUGAAUCCCCAAAACCUGCUGGAUCCCCCAAAUCUGAAUCCCCAAAACCUUCUGGAUCCCCCAAAUCUGAAUCCCCAAAACCUGCUGGAUCCCCUACUUCUGAAUCCCCAAAACUUGCUGGAUCCCCCAAAUCUGAAUCACCAAAACCUGCUGGAUCCCCUAAUUCUGAAUCCCCCAAAUCUGCUGGAUCCCCUAAAUCUGAAUCCCCUAAACCUGCUGGAUCCCCAAAAUCUGAAUCCCCAAAACUUGCUGGAUCCCCUAAAUCUGAAUCCCCAAAACUUGCUGGAUCCCCUGCUUCUGAAUCCCCCAAACCUGCUGGAUCCCCUAAAUCUGAAUCCCCAAAACUUGCUGGCUCCCCCAAAUCGGAAUCCCCAAAACUUACAGGAUCCCCCAAAUCUGAAUCCCCAAAACCUGCUGGAUCCCCUACUUCUGAAUCCCCCAAAUCUGCUGGAUCCCCGAAAUCUGAAUCCCCAAAACCUGGCUCCCCCAAAUCUGAAUCCCCAAAACCUGCUGGAUCCCCCAAAUCUGAAUCCCCAAAACCUUCUGGAUCCCCCAAAUCUGAAUCCCCAAAACCUGCUGGAUCCCCUAAAUCUGAAUCCCCAAAACUUGCUGGAUCCCCUAAAUCUGAAUCCCCAAAACCUGCUGGAUCCCCUAAAUCUGAAUCCCCAAAACCUGCUGGAUCCCCUAAAUCUGAAUCCCCAAAACCUGCUGGAUCCCCUAAAUCUGAAUCCCCAAAACUUGCUGGAUCCCCUAAAUCUGAAUCCCCAAAGCCUGCAGAGUCCCCUAAGGGUGAGGCCCCCAAACCAGAAGCUCCAAUGUCAGAGGCCCCCAAGGCUGCAGAAGAGAAAGUAGACCAAAAGAGUCAUUCAGAGGAAGAGAGGAAGGUAGAAAAGAAAGACGCAGCCAUGAACGGAGAUGUGGAGAAGAUUACCCCAGAGGACAAGGACAAGAAGGAUGAGGGUGGGAAAGAGGCAGAGGAGAAGGAUGUUAUCUCAAAUGGAGUGGACGAGAGCCCCACUAAAGAUGACCCGGACCAGAAAGAUGAUCCAAAGGACCAGAAGGUGGUCAUCACCAAAACGGUGGAGCAUGUCACCAAAUCAGUCACUGUCACCGAGACUGUGAAGGAGUCUGAGGAUGUGAUGCAGGAGAAGACAGUCUCCAACAAGAAGAUGGAGAAACACUCUUCCCAGUCCGUCAAGGUGGUGACUGAAACUGAGUAACUGCGCUCCAUCCAACCCACUCAGGAGGAGCAAAGAUGACACGACAACAAGCAAUCAACCCAGAACUAACAUAACAAAGAAAUCAUAGAGCUAGAGCGAUGUAAUAAAGAAAACCACUCUCAAACAUACAGAAAAGCAACGAGAGAAGGCAUAGGAUGUGACAAAGCUAACGUUUAAAAAGUGCAUGUUGAGAGAAAGCUUUAAAUGGGUUUUGCUGCAGAUUAUAUCAGGAAAAUGUGAUAGUGGGACAGAUUAUUAAUUGUCUUUAUGUUUCCCUGCAGUUCACGGGAGGGCUCACGGGUGGGGGCGUCUGCAUGCUAGCUCAGGGAGGGAGACCCCUCCGCUCUAACCAGGAUGGAUGGAUGGAAGGUUUACAGUUUAGAUGCAUACUGUAUGUGGGUGGGAGAGGGAUAGAAAUGUAUGUUAAUUCAAAUGUUAAUUCAAAAAGGGGUGCCUGGGUUGGAGGGUCCACUUUAGAGACACAUGUUCAAAGGGACUAGCCUUUUUAUGUGAAGAUACCAACUGAGCCAAAAAUACAAUCGUCUACAACACAAUAUAGUGAAGAAUGAGAAAGACGAUGGUGCAAUGUACUGAUGAUCAUAAACAUACAGUACCCGAAGCAACUAAAGCAUUAAGAACCUUGAAGAAACUCUGAGCCUUAAACAUGCUUUUUAUCAGUAUUUAUUAUGUUUACGUAAUGAGUGCAAUUGAAAAUAAAUAUGUAAAUGCACACACAUACAUUCUUGUAUGCAUAGGAUGGACUUGAAUUUAAUAGCGAAUUUAAAUGAGGUGCUACAGUUUGCAAUCCCAUGUCUUUACUCAUCAUGAACUAUUUCCCAGCAGCAUUUGCUCAAUAAAUGUCAUACUGAAAUAGAAA